AUGAAUAAUAUAAUGGAAAACCAAGAGAUGCUACCAGCAUGUCUUUAUAGCCUGGGACGAGAGAUAGGUGAGGGUGGCUACUCAACAGUGAACAUCUGUCAACAUCUGGAGAGCGGCAUUCUUUUUGCGGUCAAGAUAUUGCCCGGGGAGGACGCGGGAGCGUUCGACCAAGAGGUAUGUUUGUUGAAGAAACUGCAGGAUAUCGAGGCACCUUUUACAAAGCUGGUGGAUCUAUUUCGUGCCGGAGGCAAAAACUACAUCGUUAUGGAUCUCGCGUCUGGCGGUGAUAUGUGGACGUGGGUUAAGACCAAAUCAUACCUGACGGAGGGCACAAUGAUCAAAAUCAUCCACCAACUCCUACAGGCGCUGGCCAUUUGCCACGAGAAUGGGAUUGUUCACCGUGAUGUGAAGCCUGAGAACAUCGUUAUCGAAGAUCUCCAAAACGAUGAACCAUCAAAGGCUCUGCUCUGUGACUUCGGGUUAGCACUCACUCUCGGCCCAGGCGGCAAAUUGACCGUCGAUGGCGAGCCAGGAACACUGGGUUACCAAGCUCCAGAGAUCUUUCACGAGAGUGGAAGCUUGGAAUAUGGAUUCGGAGUUGACAUGUGGGCCAUUGGUGUCUCAGCGUUCUUCAUGAUUACGGGAGAUUUGCCUUUCAACCCCCGUUUCGGGACAGAAGAAUACCUCGAAGAUUGCAGUGAAUUUCCGAGCAUCUGCUGCUCCAAGGCCGUUGAAAUCUUUUUAAGAUGUUGCUUGACUGUCGAUCCGGCCCAGAGAUGGACCGCGCGUGAAGCACUUCAGUACCAUAUUUUUGAGGGCCUUCCUGAAUUCACCGAGACAGUCGAGAAGAAGGUGUCUCGUGAUAUAACCAAGAUGCGGUGUAAGACAAGUGCAUUGCCGGAACCCAUGAGGGCUGAGGGGGAGGAGGAGUGGGAGAAGGGGGAGGAGGAAUCUGAUUCAGGCUCGGGGAGCACCUUCCCCAUGACCGACUAA